CACAAACACUUCAAUUAUAUAUUAUACAUGUGGGCCUACUUGCUACCUAAUCACAAAGAAAUUAAACACCAUCUUUCAAACUUUCUCAGAAGAGUUUUCCGAUGCUAGCGUGAAGCAGAGGAACAAAAAUCAGACAUGGAACUAUUAUUUUGGAAGAAUUCGGAAAAGCAUCUUCGCUGCGUCUUUGCAACAUUGAUGUAUCUUCUCCUAACAGAUAAUACCACAGUCACAUCAUAUACACAUAGCGAUUGCUUAACAGACAGUGAUAUUGUUACAAAUUUUGAAUUUCAACCCACUAAAGUUGAUACAGCUGAUGGCGAAGAAUGCUGUAAGAAAAAGUGUCUGUUUGAUUCUGAAUGUGUGGGUAUCACCUGGCAUUCCACAGGAACAUGUAAUAUGUACUCAAAACUUUCAAGUAUAACUCUUUCACCGUUCAACACACAUAUUUUGUGUCCAGAGUGUCCAGUAGGAUGGAAUAUGAUAAACGGAACAUGCUACGUCGUGCAUGGGAAUUGUGCAGCUCAGUAUUCUUCUUCUCUUGCCACGUUUUACUGGGAUCGAGAUGUUUUACUUUAUGCCAUCUCCAAGUUUGGUACAGAUUUCCUUUUAAGUGGUAUCACAAAGACAAAUGACGCAUGGAAUAUUUCAGGCUUAGAUCCUUUUGUCACAGGGAAUGGAAGCCAGCUCCUGUAUGAGGCAAAGCUAUUGAAAGCUGAAGAUAAUCCACCAAAUCUUUUCAAUCUGUGUCAGACGAAUUCAUCUAGAAAAUAUUUCCCUCAACCAUCAGCCGAUUUGCUUAACUGUUCAACGCCACAGAUGUACAGUUCAUUCAAUUAUACCCAGAUACCGACAUCCUUAAAUAUAACAUAUGAAUCAAGUACAAUCAUAACCACUCCUGCAACUUCAAACACUCCACUCACGAACUCAACUACUCAAACUCCGGUCACGAACUCAACCACUCAAGCCCCACUCACGAACUCAACUACUCAAACUCCGGUCACGAACUCAGCUACUCAAACUCCAGUCACGGGCUCAACCACUCAAACCCCAGUCACGAACUCAACCACUCAAACCCCAGUCACAAACUCAACAACUCAAACUCCUUCCAUGAGUCCAACCACUGCAGCUCCAACCACGACUGCAACCUCAAAGCCUCCACUCACAGAUUCAACCACUCAAACAUCACCGUAUUAUUCAACCACAACCACUGAGACAACAUCCACGGGGUUGCCCUCAGCCAGUCCUACCACAACUGUGCAAGUAACAACAGAAGCGGUAUCCAAGCAACUCCAGAAAGAAAUUGAAAGCAUGUCCAAUAAAACUAAUUCUUCACAAUUUCGCGAUAUUGCAAAAAGAGUUACAGACACUUUUAAAAGCAUUACAGAAAAUGAAACAGAGAAACUGUCAGAGGCUUUUAACAAUAUGACAGAUAAGCUGUUAAAAGGAAAUUACUCAGAAGACGAAUACAUUGACAUCCUCACAGGUCUAUCAGAAGUAAACGAAGCACUCGAGACUAAGUUACCAACUCUUAAUCUUAUGCCAACAAUGUUGAAGGCAAGCACUGGAAUAAUGAAAUCAAAGGAACCUGGUAGCAACUUCAAUAUCACAUUAAAAGGUGUGGAGUUCGUGGUUAAAAAGACAGAAGAAAAUGAUUUCGAUGCUUUCUAUCUGGAGACGAAAUCAGGGAGUCUGAAUAUACCGAAAGAAAUACAGGAAACUCAACCAGGAUCGAUUAUAACGUUUGUCGGCUACACAAAUGACGUCAAGUUUCAUGGUUUAGAGAACGCUCUCCUUUCUUCGAGCGCUGUUAUAAGUAUUCAGACCAAUGAUGGCGAGGACAUCAAGAUUGAUGAUGAUGAUGUGAAGUACAAACUCAGCUUGAAAUGCGAAAAAGUGAAAUUACAGAACCAAUCCUCAUUUAAACCAGACAAAACAAGCGGAAAAUAUUCUUUUAAAGUAAAGUUAAAUAGAAUUGGUUUGACACUUGUGGAAAUAUUGAAAGAGAGUUCAAUUGAAAUAUGGGGCAAGAUUAAUGAGGUACCAACAAAGAAUAACUACCAUUUCUAUUACUCUUCUCUUAGUGGACAACAGGAACCAAAAAAAGUGAUCAACUUACAAGGAAUCGAUGUGAAACAGAGUGAAGAAAAACUGCAUGUUACAGUGACGGAUCAGGCAGAGGGUUCAGAAAUAUGUCUUGUUGUGAGCACCGGACAGGCAACAGAUGGAAGUAUCCAAAAGAGAAGUAUACCACGUAAUUUACAGACGAAAAUUGUAAGUUUCACUCCACAUGUUUAUGAUGAUGGAAGAAAAAAUAAGAAACCAAACAAUGAUAUAAAGACUAAAGCCUUGGAAACCAAUUAUAAUUUGGUGUUAGAAAGCAACCUUUUUGGCACUUUUACUUCAGUUAUUGAAAUCAUUACACCCGGCAAACUUGACUUUGAUGAAAUAUUCUUCAACUUGGAUGAAAAAAUCUUGGAAAACCCAUUCAUCCUAGCUGUACUUUUGGUCAUAUUUAUCAUAUACUGUGUGUUGGCUAUUUUUGUUCGACAUUUAGACAAGCACGACAGAGUCAAUUGGGAAUUCCUACCUUUGGUAGACAACGUAGCCAAAGAUAAGUAUUUGUAUCUACUAAGAGUAUACACUGGAAUACAAUCACCACGCUCCUUUACGGCCACUCCAUAUUUUUUACUGAAAGGAAAAUCAGGGAAGACCGACAUACGAAUUCUCAAAGAUGGCGUCAGAAAAAAUUUCAGGAGUGGAACAAUGUCAGAUUUUAUUUUGCAAACCAAUGUCCAUCUUGGGCCACUGCAGUCUCUAAAACUUUGGCAUGACAGUGAAGGUAAAAGUCCAGAUUGGUUCUUGACCAAUAUUGAAAUCAAAGAUAUGACUACAAAUAAUUGGUAUUGUUUUGAAUGCAACAACUGGUUAGCCUUUGACAAAGGUGAUGGCUUGAUUAUCCGAAAAUUAAAACCAACAACUGGACAGCUGUUUGAUCUCUUCGAGGUGACCAAAAGCAGAAUCUACAGAUCCUUAUUUGAUGAUCAUCUCUAUUUCUCGAUCGUUAAACGACCUCAUGCCAGUAAAUUCACACGUGUACAGAGACUGUCGUCUGUAACAGCUAUACUUUACCUGUCACUUGUCAGUAGUGCCAUGUUUUUUAAACCAGAUGAAAAUCCUUCUGGAAAGGUGAUCCGCAUCGGAAUUUUAACAAUUUCUUCAAAGGAGAUUUUUGUUGGAAUAAUCGGUUCCAUAAUAAUGAUUGUACCGACUUCUAUGAUCAUCUUUCUUUUCAAAACAAGAAAGAGCAGAGGAGAACAACCAAGAGAAGACAAGGAAAAGAAGGCAUCAAUUAGAGAGCAGCUGAAAGGGUUUCGAUUCCCAUGGUGGACAGUAUAUAUUGCGUAUCUGAUUGUGUUUUCAUCGAUAGGUGUUUCGGCAUUUAUUACAUUUUCUUACAGUAUGAAAUGGGGAAAAGAACUAUCACUACGUUGGCUGCUAUCUGUGUUUGUCAAUGUGUCUGGUUCUAUAUUAUUUGUGCAACCUUUAAAGGUUGUCUUCACAGCCAUGUUACUAUCAUUUAUCUUUAAGUCACCAGCAACAGAGGAAGACAAAUAUGCAGCUGCCCUCAGCAAUGAUCGGUUUAAGGAUUUGUCACAGUUUCCUGUUGUUCCAAAGGAAUCUUUGAAAAUCUGUCCCAUGCCAAAUUUGGCAUCUGAAGAUUGGCAGAAGAAGAAAGAAAUCCUGCAACUCGAUUAUAAACUCUUCAAUAUGUUCCAGUCUCUUUUCUUCCGUUGUUUAUAUAUUGUACUUUUGGUCAUUCUUAUUGCUAAUGAAUCGGUAAACAAAUGUUUUCAGCAGAAUAAUUCUAUUGAAAAUAUUUUCCACAUCGAAAAAUUCUCACAGAAAGAUGGCAUUGAAUCGAUGUGGGAUUGGAUAGAAAAGUAUGCUGUUCCAGGAAUCUUCCCACUCACAGACAGUAAUGGUAAGGAACUGAAACUGUACGACCAAUAUUUCCUGCCAGACAAAACCAACAGGCGUCUUGGAGGCAUUCGUCUGAGACAGAUAAGAAUGGUAAAAGUUCCAUGCCACAUGUCGAAACUAGUCAAAAUGUGCAUUCCAAACUAUUCUGCAGAACAUGAAGAUACAAAGGAUUAUCUACCAGGCUGGAAAAUUGGUGCUAAGCAGAAAGAAGAUGAGAAAUAUAUAACUGCUGCAUUCAAAUAUACUUCUGAAGAGAAAGCUGGAUAUAGCUUCACUAAUUAUGGAGUACAAGGAAAUUAUGAAAGUGCUGGUUAUAUGAUUGAUAUAAACGAGAGACACAAGAAAGCAAAAUCUUUGUUCAAGACACUUCGUUCGAACACCUGGAUAGACGAGCGUACCCGAGCGGUAAUCAUUGACAUUAGCACAUACAAUGCUAAUUCUGGACUUUUCACAUCAACUAAAAUUAUGAUUGAGAGAUUGUCCUGUGGUAGAAUGGAGCCAUCUAUUCGUUCACUCAGCUUCAAGUUCCAUCCAUUUGUUGAUCCUCUUGAUUACUUGGUGUUUCUGAUAAUCAUCAUUGUUGGAAUUUUAUGUUUGAUAACUUUGGUAGGAGUUGUGAUAGCCAUUAAGAAACGGCGUAUGCAAGCCCUGCGUGAAUAUCACACCCUGAUGAAUAUGGCAACUGUAAUCUCCAUCGUAGUCAUCCAGAUUGGCUUCGGCUUGAGAAUUGAUGCUCUUCUUCAAAUUCAGGGUAAAUUGGUCAAGAAUCCAGAUGCAUAUGCAUCAGGGAACUUAAUGGCAUCCAGAGUGACGGUGUAUUUUGCUGGUCUCUGUGCCUGUGUGAUAGUAUUCGCCAUCAAACUACUACAGCCACUUGCCUUGAAUUACCACCUGUUCCUGAUGAAGGCCAGUAUCGUGUUAUCAUUGCCAUCGAUUGCAUCAUUCAGUGUCGUCCUUUUCUUCCUUAUGACAGCUUUUGCAAUCGCCAUUCACAUAACUUUCAAUAACGUAUCAAUAUAUUUCAUCGAUUUGAAAUCCACCUACCUGGCUCUCUUCCGCAUUUUCCUUGCCAUGGGCAAAUUCAAAGAGACUUUCGGAUUAGAUAACAUCAUGUCGAACAUGAUUUUCUUCGUCUACGCCUUGCUCGUGUCUAUCAUUCUGUUAAAUGUAUGCAUUAGUAUUAUCAACGAUACGUUUAGCUUUGUCAAAAACAGCAUUAAUUGCCUUGGAUUUGAAUACUGUUUUGAUUCCAAACUCAAUGAACAUUUCUGGUACAGAAUGACCACUCUCUUUCACAAGAAGAAAAUAUCCAGCGAAGAGAAAUAUUUACCAAUGAGAAUGAAUUCUCAGAUAACAAAGAAAGUAUUUCAAAAAUUCGAUCUUCUUGUUUGUGAGUCCAUCAGUGACUUUGAAGAAAUAAGUUGGAUGUUGCUGACGAAAUACAUAAAUUGUUAUCUGAAUAUGCAUCUCAGGAAACCUGGCUUUGAAAGCUUCCAGACCAAAUUACACGGUGCCGGUGAUGCUAUGAAGCUUUUUCAGCCAGUUUUCACAGAUAUGUGCCAGAUUGGAAAUCAGUUGGAAGUUAAAAAGAUCAACAAUGGAGGAGCAUCAUGGACACUUUGGUAUUAUUGGAAAUAUAAGGACCCUGUUCUGAAAAUAUGUUGUAAAUGCCAUAAUGGAGAUGUUCCUGAAAUAUUAUGCUAUGAUGUGACUGAUAAAAAAUAUCAGAUGUUACCACAAAUGCAACAAUCCCAGUUUGUGGGUCCUGUCGUCUGGGUUUGUCAACCAACAACCUGUAAUGUAGACCAGUCAACCUUAGAGAUUACAUCAUUUUGUCAUGAAACCCUUCACCAAUAUCACAGUUGUGAACUCAUCGAAAGCAGUGAUGGAAUUAAUUGGUCAAAUUCUUAUGAUGAUGAUGAUGAUGACAUGAUUGACUGCAAUGAAGUGGAGUCUCCUCAUCUAGAAGAGCAUAGUUACCAGGAUGAGAAGUUGAUAAGACAGCUACCCUGUUAUAUUGCUCUCACCAAACGGAUGAGAGCAGAAACCUGGCUGUUUCAUGGCACAAAGCUGGUCUCAUCUUUGGAACCAAACCUGUCCAUUAUGAUCCCACGAGAAGCAAGUCUCUCUCAGAAGAUCGUCAUAAGACUUAAAUUAAACCCUUACCAACCGAUACCUCAGUUGUUCCUCACCUUCAACAUAGAUUUGCAGCAACCAAUCACAGUCCAUUUUUCUACUACAAGCAAUAAUACAUUUCCAGAUUUGCAGCUGUAUUCCAAGAACCGUUCCUCACAAUGGACUGAGGAAGCCAUUCAGAUAUCCCAAAACCAAGGAAUUAGCUUUAAGAUAAAGCCACCCUCAAAAUGUGAAACUGUGUAUAUGUUGAAGCCACCACACAUACUGUGGGACUGGCAGAAACAGCUGCAAUGUAUCAAAGAUCCUGUUAACAAAGAUUUCCUUCUGCAAGUAUCAACUGCUAUUGGAAACAAAUGGCAACUUCUGGCACAAGAACUGAAAGUCUCAGGGCUGGUUAUGAAACGGAUAAAGACAACUGCCAGUGAUAAAGCUCCUCAUGUGGCCUGUUUCAACAUGUUAAUGGCAUGGCAUAACUCUCUACCUGUUACAAGCGAUAAGGUAAAACCCCUUGCUUCAGCUCUCUCAGUCCUUGGCUACCAACAACUUGCAGAACAAUUAAACACAAGAGAAGAAGAGUACAGUUACAAGUGUCAAACAACUCUCUCUGAUUGUGAGAAAAAGAAAUUCUUUGAUUUCCUUUGCCGUUCUAAAGCUCUGGCAAUCAGAUGGCAAGAACUGGCCACAUACCUGGGUAUUUCAGAAGAAACACAGGUAAACAUUGACAAACGUGUCGAUCUAUCUCUUCGAGAAAAGUGCUUUUCUGUCUUGGAAUGUUGGCAAAAAUACGAUCAAGAACAACUCCAGAAAUCUCUCACAAAACUCGGUUACCAGUUCCUUGCUUGCAGAGUUCCUGCUUUCAACCAGAAAACUGAAAUACCACCACCACCUCCUCAACCAACAACCACCACCACCAUCACCACCUUUGAUAUUAUUCCAUAACAACCAAAGUACUCAAUUUGGUAUCAAAGGAUUAUUUUUCUGUUUUGCUAGUUUGUUUGUUUCUUUGGAUUUUUGUGGUUCUCGUCACUGUUUAAGAUUUUGUUCCAAUUGUUUUCAAAUUUGGAAUAUGGAUUAAAUGUUGUCUACUAAUUAUGAAAAUGAGGUUCGUUUUUUUUCUAUAAAUCCAUAAUUAAAAAAUUAUUAGCCUUUAAAAUUUGCAAAAUUUGGGUAUUUUAACCAAUCAGAAACAAGUAUUUU